AUGUCAGAUGCAAAAGAAAACCCACUAGAAGAAACAGAAGAUGACGUAGAAGCAGAAAUGGAAGAAAACUAUAAUCCAGAUUACCAAAAAAUAGAAGAAGAAUAUAAUUCUGAUUACCAAGAAGGAGAAGAAGAAGAAGAUUAUUCUGAUUACCAAAAAUCAGAAGAAGAGUAUAACCUAGAUUACCAAAAUCCAGAAGAAGAACGUAAUCCUGAUUACCAACAAUUUGAAGAAGAGGAAUAUAAUGCAAAUUACCAAAGACUAGAAGGAGAACAACAAGAAGAGUAUAAUCCUAAUAACCAGAGGAUCGGAGAAGAAGGAUAUAAUCUAAAUGACCAAAACAGGGAAGAAGAAAAAGGCAAAGAAGAUGUAUACAAUCUAAACUACCAAAAGAUAGAAGGAGAAGACGACGACGAAGAAGAAAAGUCACGUUACCAACAGGUAGAAGAAGGUGGCCAAAAAGAUGAAGAAGACUAUAAUGCAAAUGACCAAAAGGUAGAAGGAAAAGAAGAAAACCUGAAUUACCAAAUGGCAGAAAAUAUACAACAGGAAUCAGAAAAAGAAGACACAUUAGCAUGGAGGAAGUUUCAGGAGGAGGAAGCCCCAAUAGCAGAGGAAAUAGAAAAACUGGUUGGAAAAGAACAGGAGGGUGAGUUUGUAGAACAGGAAGACAUCAUGAAGGCAGGAGCUUCGGAGGAGUCCCUGGUGUCCACCACCACAGAAGGUGCUUUGUUUAAAAAGGACGACAGUGUCAAAGUCUUCCCCCUGACCAUGACUUGGGCAUUUGGAUGGAACAGCUCCCUCCCGGUCUUCAACCUUCAAGACGAACAGCACACCAUUCUUCUGUACGUCUGCGCGCACACCGCCAUCAUCUACGACGUUUUCAACAACAGUCAGCACCACCUUCAGGGCCACGCCAAUGUGAUCUCCUGUCUCUGCGUCAGUGAAGACAGGCGGUGGAUCGCCACAGCCGACAAAGGGCCCAACUGCCUGAUAAUCAUAUGGGACUCCUUCACAGGCAUCCCUGUGCACACGCUAUUUGACAGCUGCCCGGAAGGUGAUGGCAUCGGGGCGAUAGCCAUCACCCGAGACGCAAAGUAUCUGGCCACUAUCUCGGAUGGUAAAGUCCAGAAAGUUUGCAUCUGGAAGUGGACCUUAGCCGUGGAGACUCCUGCGUGCACUUUGAACCUGAACAAGGAGUAUGGUGUUCAGAACUACCUUACUUUUAAUCCAACGAAUAAUAAAGAGCUGGUGAGCAAUAGUAAAACACGGGCCAUAUAUUAUUCAUGGUCUGAAGAGAAAAAUAAACUUGCUCACAGUGCCCCACUUUUAACAGAAAAAACAUUCAACAAGCAUGUGGGAAAAUUUAGCCAGUCUGUCUUUCACCUGAAUGCCACCCAAAUACUGUCAGCCACAAUGGAGGGCAAACUGGUUGUCUGGGAAAUACGCCACCCGCCACCGUCCGCCACCACCUUCCUGGGCUUUCCGUACAUCAAACCUUGUAAACUGGUCCAUCUGCAGAAGGAAGGCAUCACCGUUCUGACUACAGUUGAUAGCUACAUUGUCACAGGUGACAUUAAGGGCAACAUUAAGUUCUAUGACCGCACCCUGGCCAUUGUUAACUGGUAUAGUCACUUCAAACUGAGCUCCAUACGGACCCUGUCCUUCUCUAAGAGCCUGCCAUCUGCGUCUGCUGAGAAAUCAAACUACCCUCCCGACUGUACUUUAAAAGGUCAACUUUUUAUGGUGAGGAACUUUAUCAUCGGCACGUCUGAUGCCACAGUGUAUCACCUAACAGCAGAUGGGACCAAACUCGAGAAGUUGUUUGUUGAGCCGAAGGACGCCAUCUGCACUGUGGCCUGCCACCCCUACCAGCCCCUCCUGGCCAUCGGCAGCUUCUGUGGGAUGAUCAAAGUGUGGAACUACGAGAAUAAAACCUACCUCUUCAGCAGGGUCUUUGAGAAGGGCCUGGGCGUGCAGAGUCUGACCUACAACCCGGAAGGGGCCAUUCUUGGAGCUGGCUUCACAGAGGGGACAGUUUACAUUCUUGACGCAAUGUCCUUAGAAAAUGAAAUCUCAGAGCCAUUCCGAUAUUCCCGGAGCAGCGUGACUCACAUAAGUUUCUCCCAUGACUCCCAGUAUAUGGCGACCGCGGAUACCAAUUACACUGUAGCGCUUUACUGGGUAGUAGUCAAACAUGGACAGAGGGUCUGGGAAUACUUAGCCAGACUUCAUUCUCAUCGCAAGAGCAUCCGGAGUCUCCUGUUUGGGGUGCACCUGGACAGCAAUGAGCCUCGGCUGCUGAGCCUUGGGAAAGACCGUCUCUUGAUCGAGUACAAUCUCCUCAAGACCUACAAAGACCACCUGGAAGUCCUGGACAUUCAUCGGACUGACCAGGGCUGCUACCCCACCUGCAUGGUCUGGUACCCACCACUCACCAAGGAACUCUUCCUGCUUAUUUGCAACAGCAGCUACAAAGUGAAGCUCUUCAAUUCCACCACAAAAAUGUGCAGAAAGACACUUCUUGGACCGACUUAUGGUUCUCCCAUUGAGCAGAUCCAGCUCCUCCCAGUGAAAACCACUAUUGAACUCCAGAAACGCUACUUGGUGUUUAUUAACAGAGACAAGGUCGGACUACAGAUCCUACCUGUAGAUGGCAACCCACAUAAGACAUCUGCUAUCAUUUGCCACCCCAAUGGGGUGGCUGGGAUGACCCUUUCAUACGAUGGCAACUAUGUGUUCACGGCAGGAGGACAUGACCGCUCAGUGGUGCAGUGGGAAAUUAACCUGAGCUCCCUGGAGGCAGCCGUUUCUCUUGGGGGUGAAGACUUGACCCCAUUUUAUGGUCUGUUGUCUGGUGGCAGAGAAGGACAAUUCUACAGGGAGCUGGAAGACUAUUUUUACUAUUCUCAGCUCCGCAGUCAAGGCAUCGACACAAUGGAGACCAGAGAGGUGUCAGAACACAUCUCCCUCUCAGAGAUCCCUAAUGUCAUGAGGGCCAUUGGCUUUUACCCCUCCGAAGAGACGAUUGACAAUAUGUUUAACGAAAUCAAGUUUGGAGAGUAUGUGGACACUGGUAAGCUAGUUGAGAAAAUAAACUUACCAGAUUUCCUCAAAGUUUACAUCAAUCACCGGCCGCCUUUUGGAAAUACCAUGAGCGGUAUCCAGCACAGCUUUGAUGUGUUGGGUUAUACCAACUCAGAAGGAAAGAAGGUUAUUCAACGAGAAAACUUCCUGAGCUUGCUUCUAACGAAAGGUGAGCACAUGACGAAGGAGGAGAUGUUGGAUUGCUUCGCCACGCUGUUUGGAAUUAACCCAGAGGGCUGGAAGUCGGAGCCUGCAACCUCCUUUUUCAAAGGUAUAGAGAUUUCCCUUGAAGAACUCCCUGACGAAAUCACAGCAGAAACAUUCGUGACUGAAAUUCUUGGCUUAACCAUUUCAGAAGUUUCCAAACAAGAUCUUAGGAGACGCUCCCGCACCUUGGCGUAA